CAAAUAACUAAUUCUGUGGGAAAGAUUCCUGAGAGAAAAAUAGAAAGGGAAUAAGAAAAAAACAGAGAAGUACUUUUUCUUUUUGUGUGAGAGUGAAAACAGGGAAGUACUUCAGUGAUGUUAAUGGCGAACGAGAUGAUUACAGUCGAUCCCGAAAGUGGGUUUUGUGAAUCGAAUUCGAUUUUUUAUAGUAAACGAAAACAAUUACUUCUACCUUGCAAUGAAAACUUAGAUAUUACAACUUUCCUUUCUUCAAAAGUUCACAGAGGAAAGACUGCGUAUAUUGAUUCUUCAACUGGUAAAAGCUUAACAUUUUCACAAUUAUGGAAAGCUGUUGAUUCAGUAUCUUCUUUUCUUUCUGUUGACUUAAAGAUACGUAAAGGUGAUGUAAUUCUUAUUCUUUCUCCGAAUUCUAUAUUUUUCCCUGUAAUUUGUCUCUCGGUUAUGUCUCUUGGAGCUAUCAUUACAACAACUAAUCCACUCAACACACCUCAAGAAAUCGAUAAACAAAUUGCCGAUUCAAACCCCAUUCUAGCUUUCACUACUCAGUCUCUUUCACCUAAACUCGCUUCUACUAAUCUUCCAGUCAUUCUUAUCGGAGAUUCUACUCCAAUUACCCGAUCAUUAUCGGCAACUACUAAACCUUUAAUCAUUGCAUCACUGGAAGAAAUGAUGAGAAAAGAACCGAGUCCGUACCGUGUUAAAGAACGAGUUGGUUUGGAUGAUACAGCAACAUUACUAUACUCGUCAGGAACAACAGGAGUAAGUAAAGGAGUAAUUUCGUCGCACGGAAAUUUGAUAGCAAUGGUUCAAACUGUAUCAAAUCGGCUGAAGGAUUCAGAUGGAAGCCAAACAUAUGUGUGCACUGUUCCGAUGUUCCAUAUCUACGGUUUAUGUGCAUUUGCAUCAGGAUUAUUAGCAUGCGGAUCAACUGUUGUAGUUCUUUCGAAAUUUGAACUUGAUGAAAUGUUGUCAGCAGUUGAAAGAUAUAGAGCAACAUGUUUACCUUUGGUACCUCCAAUACUGGUUGCACUCAUAAACAAUGCUGAAAAUAUUUGGAAGAAAUUUGACUUGAGUUCUUUAAAAACGGUUUUAUGUGGUGGUGCCCCUUUAAGUAAAGAAGUAACUGAAGGGUUUGUAGAGAGAUACCCGAAUGUUUCGAUACUUCAAGGAUACGGGUUGACAGAAACUACAGGAAUUGGAGCAUCCACAGAUUCGCAAGAGGAGAGCAGAAGGUAUGGUACCGCUGGGUUAUUGUCGCCAAGUAUGGAAGCCAAGAUUGUUGAUCCGGAAACGGGUACAGCUUUGCAAGUAAAUCAAGCAGGCGAGCUUUGGGUUCGUGGUCCUACUGUUAUGAAAGGUUAUUUCAGUAACAUGGAAGCUACCAUAUCCACAAUAAAUUCUGAAGGAUGGUUAAGAACAGGUGAUAUCUGCUAUAUCGACAAUGGCGGUUAUAUCUUUGUGGUUGAUAGGUUGAAGGAGCUGAUCAAAUACAAGGGCUAUCAGGUUCCUCCUGCUGAACUUGAGGCAUUGCUGCUUACUCACGCGGAUAUUUCAGAUGCUGCUGUUAUCCCAUUUCCAGACAAGGAAGUAGGCCAAUUUCCCAUGGCAUAUGUGGUUAGAAAAGCUGGAAGUAAACUGACAGGAAAUGAAAUUAUGGAGUUUGUAGCGAAACAGGUAGCUUCAUACAAGAAAAUUCGACGCGUUUCAUUUGUGUCGGCUAUCCCAAAAAACCUAUCAGGGAAAAUUCUAAGGAAGGAUCUCAUUAAACUUGCGACCUCCAAGCUCUCCAGGAUUUGACAUAGUUAGGUUCUGAAGCAAUUCAAUGGGUUUAUAAUUUAAACCGGUCAAUACGUGUAUGUAAUGAAAUGCACAUCAUUAAGUGCUUUGUAAGGUUCAAUAAGAAGUUUCAAUAUGUAGUGGGAAAAUGGAAUUCUGUAACAGUUGACAUGUUAAUACUUAAUAACUAAGAUCAAUACAAUUCCGUAUCCAUGACCUUUUUUUCUGUGUGUGGGUGUGUUAUAAAUGCCGUGCCACGAGGAAAAAUAUGACAAUAGACUAGGAUUAAGUACUCCGAGAGACGCCUACAUAACAAAGAUAAGGUAAUUUCAGAAAGAAAAAAAAAAUCUUACUUUCUGACACAAUUUUACAUUGAUAAUGGUAAAAGCAUUCUUCUUUUCUUCUUCCCGGCCAGUCUCAUUUGUUUCCAGAUUUUCAUGCAGACAAGUAACAGCAUAGUAAUGCAUAUUAAGAUAAAGGCAAGUUGCAUAUACCUAAAAUACAAAGAAACUGCGGAAAAAA